AACCUCAAAUUAGAACUGUUGUGAAGGUUUUACAGAGGACAAGUAGCAGACUUAUCUCAAUACUGUUCAAAAAAGAUUAUUGUAUAUUUUGGAUGCCCUUAGAAUUGUUUGAAUAAAAGUAUUUAAGGCAUAAUUUGUCGUGGUUUAUGAAUAGUUUUGUUGUAGUCGUAGAGCGAGACAUCUUCUAGAACUUUCAGGAUUCAGUCAGAAAGAAGAGAUGUAGGUUUUUAUCGCCCCCUAGAGGCGGAUUGGAGUUUCCAUGGCAACCGAUCGUCAACAACAUACGCGUGUGUUUUAAGCAUGCCAGAGAUGUCCGCGCUGAGCAGGAAGUUAAUUCAAAACUUGGCAGAAUCUUUGUCUAAACAAGUUAAACACUUUAAUAAAACCGAAGUGGAGUGCCUGAUCCGGCUGUUUAAUGCACUGCUGGGAGAACAGACUGAGAGAAAAGCGGCACACGGACUGGACCGGGGCAAAUUCCGUAACAUUCUACACAACACAUUUGGUCUGACCGAUGACAUGAUCAUGGACCGAGUUUUUCGUGCCUUUGACAAGGACAACGAUAGCUACAUUAAUGUUAAAGAGUGGAUAGAAGGACUAGCGGUCUUCCUCCGUGGCACACUGGAUGAGAAAAUAAAAUUCUGUUUUGACGUGUACGACCUGAAUGGGGACAGCUACGUAUCUCGAGAGGAAAUGUUUCACAUGCUGAAGAACAGCCUGAUCAGACAGCUGACUGAGGAAGACCCAGAUGAAGGAAUUAAGGACCUUGUUGAAAUAGUACUAAAGAAAAUGGAUUACGACCACGACAGCAGGCUUUCAUAUUCAGACUUCGAAAAGGCUGUGAGAGAUGAAAGUCUGUUAUUAGAGGCUUUUGGAUCUUGCCUUCCUGACACAAAGAGUAUACAUGCAUUUGAGCAAUAUGCAUUCCAGGAUUCACUGAGGCCCUGAAUCUUUUAAAAAACAAGGUUUUAAAACCAAACCCAGCUCCCGUACAACACUGUGUUACUCUGUGAGACAUGCAAGUGUGUGAUUUAA